UGGUUUGUUUCCACAGGGAUGUCUGGUUAGGAACUGUCGGCUCAUCCACCUACCAAGAAAGCAAACAACAACAACAAAAGAGUUACUAAUGAAUGAGUCAUGCCUGAUUUAGUACCAGCACUGGAAGGCGAAUUCCCAAAAUCGGAAAUUCUCACGAACUUCUUUACUAAGGGAAGCCUUGACAGUCUGAGGGCCCCUGUGCUUCUCCCUGCCGGACUCGGUAACAAAAGCUUUGAAGGCUUCCACGGAAAGCUGAGCCACGUGCAAAGAAUGUUUAUCCCGAAGAAGAAACAUUAAAAAGUGAUGCGGCACGGCAUUUCUGGGAAGGGCUUGGGGGGGUUUCCUCGCUCGCCUGGCACCGCAUGGAACAAAACUGAGGGAAAACCAUCCUAAGGGAAUGGCCGGCGACCCGCGGACGGAGAGCCGGACAGAGCUGCCAGCACACCAGGACCGGCACAGGAGCCAGGAGGGACCCGGGGCCAGCCCGGGAGGAGGGUGCCCGCUGCGGGGCCGUUUCCACAGCCAGGGAUCAAAGGGAGCAGCCCCUGGCCCGGCUGGGAGGCGAACGGCGGCAACGCAGCGGCGUCUGCCCCAUUCCCCUGGCUCCUCCAACAACACAAACACCUUUCCUGAGAUAUGAGAAAUGAGUGUUGGACGCAGAAGAUUAAAGCUGCUGGGAAUUCUGAUGAUGGUAAACAUUUUUAUUUAUGUGAUUGUGGAAGUCUCGAAGAGCGGCAGCCAAGACAAGAAUGCAAAAGGCCGUGUUGUUAUACCACGUAGCAAAUUCUGGAGGAAAUACACUCCUCACAAAGCUUAUUGGAACAAACAGCAACAGAAACUUGAGCUGCUGUACAAUCCUAUUCUGUCCUUGCUUUCCAAUAUGACUGUGGAAGAGAACUUAGUUUCUAACCUAAGUGCUCUCAAUUCCUGUGACCCUGACCCCUUGGUGCACUCAGAGGUUAGUGACUUUGCAAACUUGCCAGACAGAUUCAAAGACUUCCUCCUCUAUUUGAGGUGUAGAAAUUACUCAUUGCUAAUGGAUCAGCCAAACAAGUGUGAACAGAAACCUUUCUUGCUGCUGGCUAUUAAGUCACUUAUACCCCAUUUUGAUAGAAGGCAAGCAAUUAGGGAAUCCUGGGGCAAGGAAAUAAAAUCAGGGGAUAUGAUAGUCAGAAGGGUCUUCUUACUUGGGCAGACCCCACCAGAGGAUAAUUUUCCUGACCUUUCACACAUGAUUAAGUUUGAGAGUGAUACCCACCAAGACAUUCUCCUCUGGAACUACAGAGACACUUUCUUCAAUCUGACUCUGAAAGAGGUGCUGUUUCUGAAGUGGGUCAGCAGCAGCUGCGCAAAUGCCCAGUUUAUUUUUAAGGGUGAUGAUGAUGUUUUUGUGAAUACCAAUCAGAUCCUGGAUUACUUGAAGAGUUUAUCAAAGGAAAAAGCCAAAGACUUAUUUAUAGGUGACGUGAUCAAAGAUGCUGGACCUCACAGAGAGAAAAAAUUGAAGUACUACAUCCCAGAAAGUGUUUAUGAAGGUUCAUAUCCCCCGUACGCAGGAGGCGGCGGGUUCCUGUACUCUGGUGAUCUGGCACUAAGACUGAACAAUGCAUCUGAGCAGGUACUCCUCUACCCUAUUGAUGAUGUUUAUACUGGAAUGUGCCUUCAGAAGCUUGGGCUAGCUCCAGAAAAACACAAAGGCUUCAAAACGUUUGAUAUCGAAGAGAAAUACAGAAAUAACAUCUGUUCCUACACAAACUUAAUGUUAGUGCAUAGUAGAAAACCUCAAGAAAUGAUUAGGAUUUGGACACGCUUGCAAGAUCCACACUUAAAUUGUUAAAGUAAUGUGCAUAAGUGUCUUAAGUCCAAAAAACUUUGCAAGUUUGGAUCACUGAAGCUCCGUUUAAUAGUUGAAUUUUUGCUGUAAACUUUUUCCUGUACUUCUGAAAAUGAGAGUAAUAUUAAAAUCUGAAGGGAUGGCUUGAAGACUUGGUCCUGACUAUUCCACUGUCCUGGUGGUCGUUAUGUUUCAAUAUUGGUCUUAAUUUUAAAAAAGACAUUGAGGCUAUAACUGGGUGUCAGUGACUGGUUAGCUGUGCUGGAAACAGAUUGCUUACCACAAUGCAUCUUUCAUCAGUUGUGAUGGUGGAAGAUGAUCUUCCCUUGAGUAGUGUUUGUGUGUGGAAACCACUGUAAAUUGAAAAUACACAAAUUGGGGGAAUGUAGUUUUAGAUAUGAUAUGCUUACAAGACUUUGAAUUUUUUUUUUUUUAAAUUUAUGGUUUUCAGUCCUUUUGCACCCUGGAACAGUAUAUUUUUCCUUACGAUCCUUUGUGCAAAGUGUACCUGUGUCUGAAGGAUUUACCCUUUUGCUAGAUGAAGCUUUUUUUUUUUUUUAAACAAGAAAGGAUGAUUCUGCUUGAAAUGCCCCCUGAGAGCUCAGUGUGUAAAGAAGAGUUUAUUUUGGGGCUCGGCAGGUAGGGCUGCCCCUGCCUGAGACCUCCAUACUGAACUGACUUGUUGCUCAUGUUACUUGUGUGAAAACUACUCUGAUCAAUCCUUGCUUUCUGUUCGGGCACUAAAUGUGAUCAGGUAGCUUGAUUUGAUGGAAAUGACUGAAAUUGCACAUUGCUUCUUGAGAGCGUGGUUUGGGUCUCCUGUAAAGCGGUGGCGAAUCUGGAAUUGUGCAGAUGCCGAGUUUGGAAUUCCCAACCAAACUUUGAAGUUUGCAUGAAGCCUCAUGUAGAGUUACAUGUGUCCUUGAAACUCAGAUCUUCUCUAUUUCCACAUCCUGCUUAUAAGAAUUACUCUGAAUAGUGGUCGCUUUCUUUGUAUAUGUAGAAGUGCCUGUCUAUUUAUUGUUCAGAUUGAAGACCAAAACAUUUUCCUAAAUAUAUUUUGUGUAACAUUUUAUUUGUAUAGUGUCGUCACUCGGAUAUUUAAAUAGAGCAUGAUAUUUUAAAUCUGAGAUGUGUAACGUGGUAAAUAAAGCUAAUUGUUAUUUUUGAAUUGGAAAAAUAAAAUGUGAUUUAAGUA